CGCACCUCAUUAAUCACUGAUCAAUUUGAAGAUCAUUCAUACGAAGAAUACGACGAUAAUCCUGAACGACGUCAUCUGACCGAAGACGUAGUUGAGGAACAGGCUGACGAAUUCGUGAAACACGACAACUUCUACGGCGGAUCCACAGACGACGAAUUGCCGUAUCUGUCACGAAGCAUCAACGAAGACACAUCGAAACGCAACUACUAUCCAAUCGCAUCUAAUAUGGGCGUUGUUCCAGUGCGACUGGAACAAUAUUUUGUUGAACAUCAAAAAUAUCCACCAUAUCCGUCACAAAACGUUAACACCUUUUCAGGUCCUUUCAUACGCGGCUGCCUUGACGUAUUUGCAUUUGUUGUAUGCAUCGCAUUGGUGAUUUUGCAAUUGGGCUUAAUUGAUUUCUACUAUUUGACUGUACUGAAAGACAAAAUCUGGUACGCAUGGCUAGGCGUCGAUUCGUUGGUGAUCAUCAUUCUCAUAUGGCUACUGGUACUUGCUGUCCGAAACAAUCAGGAGAAAAUGGAAGAAGCUUCAUCUGCAGAUGCUAAAGUGAAAUACGCAUGGGUUGGAUGGUUCGCGUAUUCAGCCGUUCUCGUUGGUAAAAUUGCAGCGUGUUUCCGUCUUUUCCAUCAUCAGGUCAUUCAAAAAGAAGCUAUAAUAUUGCAGCUACCACCCAAUCCAAUGGAUAAUAACGACAAAAUCUUCGAUGAUCAUCUGUUCCGCCUGAAUUUAGCACUGAGCGCCUUGAUCUUUCUGUUUCUGCUGGAAUCACAUCACUAUACUCCGGUAUUCAGUAGUCGACAAACGUAUAUCGUUUAUCUGAUCACUGUCGUUUGCUUGGAUCUCAUCGACACCAUCUACUUCCUAGACCUUCUGUGGCAAUCUCUGAAAGACAAUUGGCAACUACCGUUCUGGCUGGAUAUUGUGAUCUUAUCAUUGAGCGGUGUUAACUUCAUACUGCCAACGUUCGCUUUAAUGCGACUUCGAUUCGGACGACUACCACGCAUUGCGCUUGUUUCAGACAAAAUUUGGGCACUCUUCUAUGUACUUCUCGUAAAUGCGCCAUACUUGGGCAUACGCAUCUACUUGUUCAUAAUACUGGAAAUUCCACAACAAGGCAAACACUACGAUGCUAGCAUCUUUGUGGUUAAGAAUGUGGCAAUGAUCUAUUUGGCUGUGAAAGAGGUUUGGACACGACUGCAGUAUUGGCGUUACAAGAGGAAUGCGAUGGGAUCACGCGGAGAGUUGACAGCACACGUAAUGAACACUGAAGAUGAAGCUUAA